GGGCAGGUCUGAUUGCAAGGCUGGGACCCGGAGGCAGAGCCGCUGCCAAGGGGACCCUGCUUGGACACUGGCCGUCAGUCACCUGCAAGACGAAGGUGAGGAUGCUGUUGGCCUGGGUGCAAACAUUCCUCAUCAGCAACAUGCUCCUAUUGGAAGCCUAUGGAUCUGGAGGCUGCUUCUGGGACAAGGGCCACCUGUACCGGGCGGACCAAUCCGCCCCUGCUCCAGGCUUCCGCUGCCUCAACUGGCUGGACGCACAGGGCGGCCCGGGGUCUGCCCUCCAGGCUGGCGUCCGCAACCACAGCUACUGCCGGAACCCAGACCAGGAUCCGCGCGGGCCCUGGUGCUACAUCAGCGGCGAGGCAGGCGCGCCGGAGAAGCGGACUUGCGAGAACCAGCGGUGCCCAGAGACCGCCUCCCAAGUCUCCCCAACCUCAACAGAAACCGAGGAGGUGUCUGAAGUGCCAGGUGGAGAUGAGGUGCAGGUACAUGGUCCUGCCAAUGCCUUGCCUGCCAGGAACGAGGCAGCAGCUGUGCAGCCAGUGAUUGGGAUCAGCCAGCGGGUGCGGGUGAACUCCAAGGAGAAAAAGGACCUGGGAACCCUGGGCUAUGUGCUGGGCAUCACCAUGAUGGGGAUUAUCAUCGUCAUCGGAGCUGGCAUUGUCUUGGGCUACACCUACAAGAGGAGACACAGCCCAAUGCUUCCCUCUUUACCUGCCAGGGGGAAGGAACUGAAAGAGCAGCAUGAGCAGCAUGUGUAUGAGAGGGAGAUGCAGAGAAUCACCCUGCCCUUGUCUGCUUUCACCAACCCCACCUGUGAGAUUGUGGAUGAGAAGACUGUUGUGGUCCACAGCAGCCAGAUUCCAGUCCACCUGCAGGAGGGCACUGCCCCGCUCAUGGACCAGGCAGGCACUCCUGGGGCCUGAGUCGCCCAGAAUGGGCAGGAGCCCAUGCAGACACUGGUGCAGGACAGCCUACCUGUCUACAGCUGGGAGGAUCUACACUUUUUGUUGUGGUUAAAAACUUUUUUUUUUUUUUUGGUAAUCCUAAAACAGAGGCAGGUGAUGCUGUGGGCUGAGGGUGAGGCUGGGUAGGGUCCUACCAAUGUUCCUCCUCCAUCCCUUGGAGCAGAAUUUUACCUGUGGACAGAGACAGUAGCAGCCCCAACAGUGUUGCUGACAGGGGCUGCCAAGUAUUGCCUGUGCCCUGGAACUGAACCAGGGACAGACAGGGAGCUCCCCCAGGCUCCUCUGUACUUUAUUAUCCAAGAUGUCCCCGGUCUCCACCUUUCCAUUUGUUCUCUGUGGGCCUGAAAGGUGGACAGUUAUCUACGGUUCAGGUCAAGCAGGUCAGGAGGCAGCACAUAAAAAAUAUAUUUAGCUUUAAAAAUAUUUGGGAUGGAACUCCCUACUGACCUCUGAGAACCAAAAAUGAGUUUUUGUCCAAGUCAAAACUGGGGGGUUGAGAAUGGGAUCUUGGCUGGGGGCUGCUCCAGCUUGCUGGUAGUGAUGUGCCUUGACAACUGUGGGCAGGGCCUGGGCCUGGGGACUCUUCCUGUUUCAAAAAGAAAAGGAAGGGAAGAAUCGCACUGACAUUCCACUUAGGAAGAGGGCAGAGGAUCUGUGACUGCCUUAGGCCACGGGACCGGAGGGGGGCCUGGGGAACCCCAAUUUCUCUUCAGGGAGGACAAGGACCUCUCUUCAUUUUGCAGGGUAAGAAAAUAGCCAGUUAACCUAUGCGAAUUACACUGUGGGGCCUUGUGCGCUGCUUCUGAGGUAAACCUGGAGGGCACGGGACUGACGUGCUUCAGGCCUUGGUGGCCUCUGGCUAGGGCCUAUCCGUGGGGCAGUAAGGCUAGGGUUGCAGCCCCCAAUUUGUAAAACAGUCGCACAGCACAGCCAUUCAAAGGGACCUCUGGGUUCCUCAGGCCUUUUGGGCACGGGCCCUCAGGGAAGGAGUGACACCCAAAGUCACUGAGCAAGCUAUGGUGUGGUUGAGUGGCGCUAGGGCACUGUGGGUGGCUCGGCAGGGCUCCAAGCCCUGAUGUCAUGCUCGGAGGCCUCAACAGGGCCCCCCAUCCCAGAGCUUCCUCCCCAAAGCCCUUCCCUUGUCCUGCGUGGAGGGGUGGGUCGUGGGACCCAUUCUCUUCACCAGGCUGUUCUUGGAAGGGGUUUGCUGAGGAGACUGGGCCUCAGUGGGUCCCCUGGUGUUAGUGAUGCUGAAGAAAGAACAUUACUGGUUUCUACUUUUCUAUGAAAGCAUUUCUCUGUGUAUGUUUUAUAUACCUCAUUCUGACACCUGCAUGUAAAGUGCAGGAAAUUGCUCUGUAUUAAAACAAAAAACAAAACAAAGA